ACUUGUGUACAGAAGUGAAAUACUCAGAAUAGGUUAGAGUAUUCGAACACUCGCAAAAAUCGAUGUGUCGGUACUGGCCGGUACACGGCAACAUUAUUAACCAAAGAGAUGCAUUAGCGUGACAGAAGUGUUGUUAACAACAUUUUAAAAAUAUUUAUUGACUCGAGGUGAGCAACUGUUCUCUCGCGAGGAAGAAAAGAAAUCGAAACACAGGAAAGUUUGAUGCACAUAACCUCUCCACAUAACCUACUGCGUUGGCGAGUUGGCAAGUUUCAAAGAAGUCUAUGCAGAUCCAGCAGAGAAAAGCUGUACGCGGCUAACAAAUAUAUAUUAUGGGAUCUUCGAGAGUCUCCAGAGAUUUUUAAUUACGCUGAUCGGAACUUGGUUACGUCAAAAUGCCUACGGUUAUAGCGUUGGACGUCUCUCUCUCGAUGAGGAGACCCGUGUUGACAAGUGGGACGGGUGACAAUUUGCAAAAUGAACCACUGACGCGGCAUCAUUUAGCGGUGCACGGCAUAAACGCUCUGCUACACUACUUGCAAGUUAACUCAAAAUUGGAAUUUGUAUCGCUGAUUGUAUUUUCAUCACUGUACGAAAUAGUUUGCCCUUUCACCCGCGAUUACGACAGCAUACGCGCAAAGUUACAAACUAUCGAGGAGUGGGACAAGACGUGCAUCGAGGGAGCGUUACACGGAGUUAAUAAUGUAAUUAUGGCGGAAUGGGGCAACGCCACGGCCUGCCAGGUGAUAUUAAUUACAGACGGCAAUCCUGGCGUGGGACCAAUGUCCUUGGGCAAUUCUCUGAGCUCUUUGAACGUCGCGCAGGAUAACAUAAAUCCCUUUCCGCUGCCUUUCCCGUACCCGGGGAAAUUAAGUAUAGUUUGCAUCGGGUCGCAGCAGGACCCCAGUUUGCAGAUUGGUUUACCUCUCUAUCAGCGUUUAGUCGACCUAGCUGGCGGGGACAGCAUUGUGCUGGUCCCCGAAUCGCCGCUCAGCAAGUAUUCCGUCGCCGCUUGCUUCCAGAAGCUAGCCGAAGCGAAUUACGUUUCCUUCCAGGGAUACCUGAAGUGCGGCCAUUUGGGCUCCCGUAUUUUAUUGUCGCCAGCUCCCAUGCUUUAUACAAAGAAGACAGAUUUCGAAUUGGCCCCGGGCUUGGCGAUAUCAAAAACUAUAGAGAUAUGUGGAUUUAUAUCUGUAGGGGAUGUUGGUAGUCCAAGUUCCAUUUCCAGACACUUAGUGCUGCCGCUGGCAACAGAGAAAAAUUCAAGUAUGCAGGGUAUAUCGUUAGAUGAGGACUCGGACACCGAUGAAAAUGGAGACGAGGGGAAAAUGCCCUCUUUUUGCGUGUUACUUCAUGGAGCAUUAAAAGUAGAAAACAUGGCAGCCCUUUGUAUGUUGAACAACGAUUGGUAUGGAUUUAUAUACUCUUGGGCGGACACGAAGAAGAAAUCCAACUUAAUGCUAACAGUAUUAGAACCAGGAUCUGACAUUGUACCGUGGUUAGGCAAUUUCAGCAAUUUGGGUCCAUUAGACACGGUUAAAGGUUCUCCCGUUUGUUUCCCGGUCAGACCGACCGAAAAGAGAAGCUACACACAAAACGCUCCUUCAUGGAUUCGCCAAGUUGGCUUGCAGUCCGAUAUUCAAAAAAUCUUAAGACAUGCGAGAAAAUUGCCCGACAAGACACAAAACUUUUACAAGGAGGUAAACAGAUUACGGCGUGCAGCAGCGUCCAUAGGAUUCAUCGAGUUACUAGAAGGAUUAGCAUGCAUUUUGGAGCGUGAAUGCACAUUGCUGCCACCGAAUCUAAAUCCCGAUUGCACGAUUCAGAUGGGCCACGUUGCAUCGAUGAUCAGAAAGCCAGAAUUUCACGAGCUCAGGUACAACAUUCCACCCGCGCGGACGAAAUUUCAACCUGGAUCAUGAGUUGUAAUGCACAGUAAUUGGAAUGUUAUUUACAUUUAUAUUAAAGCUGGACAUUCAUACAGCAAAAAUAAUACUUGUAUUUGUUAUAAUCAUACGC